GACCAGGCCAAAUUCGACCGAGCCGGCUGGAGGCUGAGGGUGCUCCUGCCAUGCUGGAUCACCCAGAUCUCGCUGCUGCUCGUCCUGAUUGGCACAUCGGCCUACCUCUUCGCCCAUGCCAUCGAAGACUCGAUCGAAGUGCGGGCAACCGCCAUAGCGUGGGAGUGCAUCAACAUCGGCAUCAGCGUCAUUUCCGUCCUGCUCACUGCCUAUGAGAUCUUCCGCACUAUGACCGAGGUGCUGACGCCCAAGACGAUGCUGGUGACCAACCUGGUGAAACUC